CGCUAAACCAAAAAAAAAAAAAAAAAAACGCAAAGAAUUGUCACCAAACAAAAAUAAUUAAUCCAACCACCAGCAAAAAUGUGCUAAUAAACGAAACAAACUAAAUUUGGAAUAAAUACCGCUUAAUUUAUCGUCAACAAUAAUACAACAACAUUAUAUUGUUGUUGUUGUAUUUGUUUGCAUCGGCAGUUGGAGGGAGAGGUCGUUAUUCAGUUUCGAACAAACACCGCCGGCACAGCAAAUAAAACAAAAAACCUAAACGUCUUCACAACGCGCAACGCGUGCCACAGCCAUGGCACAAAAUCGAGCGCACAAAAAGCGCUCAAAGCUUAAAAGCUUUAGCAGCAGCAGCAGCAACAGUAGUAGUGUAAGCCAGUGUAGAACAUCAGCAGCAACAACAAAAACCACACCACGAAUCAUGUCAGCAGACAAAAGUCUGAGGUGUAAUGAACAUAACGGCCCCGCGUCCUUGUCUUCUUCGUCAGCUUCUUCGAUUCGAAGAAGGUUAUCGUGUCGGUCGUCGUCGUCCUCGUUGUCGCCCGUUUCGUUAUCCGCGUCGUUAUCGUUUUCAUCGCCAUCAUCGUCGUUAUGUCGCUAUACUCUGGCAUUUGCAUUUAUUUUAUUAACACUAAAUAGUCAAUUUGCAAGCGUUUUUACUCAAGAGAUCUCCGAAACACAUCAGCAGCAGCAGCAGCAACAACAGCCUCAAAUCCCACUGCAACAACAACAUGAGCAUUCUUUGCCCACAUCCGAUAUUGCCCACAAAUCUUCACAUGGCCUAACGGCAGCCAAUGCAGCACGCAUGUUGGCCGGCUCAGGUGGUGCCACUGGCGCCUCCACCAUCACCACCACCGCCAACAGCAAUGACAUGUCCCUGGUCUUGCCACAUGACACCUAUCCGGGCUUUAGUAUAAAACGUUUCAAAACAAAACCCAUCGAGAGCACAAAUUACACCGACACCAACAGCAACAACCAUCACUCGGGGCACUUUAGCUAUCAGCAUGGUUCGUACCACAUGUUGGACAACGAGUAUGCCAAGUAUUUUACGGUGCUCGACGAUGGUGUGGUCAUGACUACUUCGGACAUAUCACCGCUAGUCAAUCGCCCGGUGAAUUUGGUAGUUGUCGAGGAAACGCCCAACUCCACCCAGACCCACAAUAUCCAGCUGUAUGUUAUGCAUCGCAAUGAUAUGUUACGAUUCCCCGGUUCCAUGUUGGAUGCCUCCGGUGAGGUCAAGGAAAAUAAGCCAGCCGGCACACGGGUGCGUGGUGUGCCUCUAAUGCAAGCCUUUAGCAAUGGCGAUGUGGUGGAGGGGGAACCCAAGAAGGUACGUUAUUCCAUUAUUGGUGGCAACGAAGAUGGUGCCUUUGCCCUGGAGAGUCGCAGUGCCAAGCAGAGUGAUGAACGCUCCACCUCCCUAAUCAUAUCGGGUGAUGAUGAAAGCGGUGUUUGGUUGGUCACCAAUCGCCCAUUGGAUCGUGAAGCCACAGCCCACUACGAUUUGUCGGUACAGGCCUCCGAUCUGGAAGAUGUGGACAAGACUGUUUCCAAAAUCCAGGUUACCGUGCUCGAUGAAAACGACAAUCGCCCCAUUUUCAAGGCCCAUGAUUACAAAUUUGCCAUUGCCGGCCAGAAAAACCCUGAAUUGGACACGAACAGUUCCACCACCUGGAAACGUUUUAGCAUUGUGGGCAAAGUGGAGGCCGCCGAUGCUGAUGGCGACAAAAUUGCCUAUCGUCUGAAACAGCCCAGCAAUACGGUCAUCAUAGUUCCUCAGACGGGUGAAAUCAUGCUCGUUGGCCAGCCACCUUCCACGGAACUGCUGCUGGAAGUGGAGGCCCAUGAUUUACGCUACCCCAGUCUAGUUAGCUCACAACCUGCCAAGGUCUUAAUUGAAUUCCUACAACCCGAGCCGGUAUCUUUUAUAAUGCAACACUUGGAACACGAUGCCAUCAACGAACAUUCACAUCACCGGGAAAAACGUCGUGUCACCCGAGCCGUCCGUCCAACGAAACGUAUUGAAUUUACCGAAGCCGAUGGUGAUACGGAGGGGAAGUCGGUGUUCCAGUUGGAAAAGGAAACCGAUAAGGAAACAUUUAAAAUACGCGAUGAAAAUCCCUGGGUAACAGUGGAAACAAAUGGUGCCGUGCGUGUCAAAAAGAAGUGGGACUAUGAGGAGCUAGGUCCAGAGAAGACCAUUGAUUUUUGGGUCAUCAUCACAAAUACGGGACAUAAUGCUGGUCUCAAAUACACCGAUAAUCAACGAGUCAUCAUCCAUGUGAAAGAUGUCAACGAUGAGCCACCCUAUUUCAUAAAUCGCCCCCUACCUAUGCAGGCUGUGGUUCAACUAAAUGCUCCACCAAACACCCCGGUCUUUACGCUACAAGCACGUGAUCCUGAUACCGAUCAUAAUAUUCAUUAUUUUAUUGUACGUGAUCGUACCGGUGGACGUUUUGAAGUUGACGAACGUUCUGGGGUGGUGAGGACCCGCGGCACUGAUCUCUUCCAAUUGGAUAUGGAAUAUGUUCUCUAUGUUAAGGCUGAAGAUCAAAAUGGUAAGGUAGAUGAUAGGCGUUUCCAAAGUACACCUGAGGAGCGUUUGAGCAUUGUGGGCGGCAAGCGGGCACCCCAGUUCUAUAUGCCAAGCUAUGAGGCAGAGAUUCCGGAAAAUCAGAAAAAGGAUUCAGACAUUAUUUCCGUCAAAGCCAAGUCAUUUGCAGACCGUGAAAUUCGUUACACUUUAAAGGCUCAAGGCCAGGGCGCUGGCACAUUCAACAUUGGUCCCUCAUCGGGUAUUGUCAAGUUGGCCAAAGAAUUGGAUUUUGAAGAUUUACGACAGCCUCAUGUCUAUUCGCUGAUUGUAACAGCCACCGAGGAUUCGGGUGGUUUCUCCACAUCUGUUGAGCUCACAAUCCGUGUCACCGAUGUCAACGAUAAUGCACCGAAAUUUGAAUUACCCGAUUAUCAGGCACACAAUGUGGAUGAAGACAUACCGCUCGGCACUAGCAUUCUGCGUGUCAAGGCCAUGGAUUCCGAUUCUGGGGCAAAUGCUGAAAUUGAAUAUUUAGUAUCGGAUGAUCAUUUUGCUGUGGAUACCAAUGGCAUAAUAGUCAACAACAAACAAUUGGAUGCCGAUAACAACAAUGCCUAUUAUGAAUUUUUAGUUACCGCGAAGGAUAAAGGUGAACCCUCCAAAUCGGGUGUGGCCACUGUCCGUGUUUAUACGAAAAAUAAAAACGAUGAAGAACCGAAAUUCUCGCAACAAGUCUAUACUCCCAAUGUUGAUGAAAAUGCUGGACCCAAUACGUUGGUUACCACGGUGGUGGCUUCCGACAAAGAUGGUGAUAAUGUGCGUUUCGGUUUUGUUGGCGGUGGCACAUCGUCGGGUCAGUUUGUUAUUGAGGAUAUAACGGGUGUGAUACGUUUACACAAUAAGGCAAUUACUUUGGAUCGCGAUAAGUAUGAGUUGAAUGUCACAGCCAUGGAUGAUGGUUCGUGUUGUGUCAAUGGUGACCAGACGAUACACACUUCGACGGCAGUGGUGGUAGUCUUUAUCACCGAUGUCAACGACAAUAAGCCAGUGUUUAAGGAUUGUGCCACAUAUUAUCCAAAGGUGGAAGAAGGUGCCCCCAAUGGCAGUCCGGUUAUUAAGGUUGUAGCCACCGAUGAGGAUAAGGGUGUUAAUGGUCAGGUCAAAUACUCAAUUGUGCAACAGCCAAAUCAAAAGGGCACCAAAUUCACCGUCGAUGAGGAAACGGGUGAGGUGUCCACCAACAAGGUGUUCGAUCGUGAGGGUGAUGAUGGUAAAUUUGUAUCGGUCACCGUUAAGGCCACCGAUCAGGGUGAACCCAGUCUGGAGGGUGUUUGUUCGUUUACCGUGGAAAUUACCGAUGUCAAUGAUAAUCCGCCCUUGUUUGAUCGUCAGAAAUACGUUGAAAAUGUCAAACAAGAUGCCAGCAUUGGCACAAAUAUUCUACGUGUCUCCGCCUCCGAUGAGGAUGCCGAUAACAACGGUGCCAUAGUGUACAGUUUGAGUGCUCCCUUCAAUCCCAAUGAUCUGGAAUAUUUCGAUAUCCAGGCAGAAUCUGGCUGGAUUGUUUUAAAGAAACCCCUUGACCGUGAGCGUUAUCGUUUACGGGUGCGCGCCUCCGACCGUGGCGAACCGCCAUCCUAUGCCGAUGUCGAUGUUGAAUUAGAUGUGGUCGAUCGCAAUAAUAAGCCACCGAUUUGGGAUAAAAGUGUUUACGGGCCAAUACAUAUACGUGAAAAUGUCACUGUGGGUACGGUUGUAACAUCGGUUAAGGCCAGUUCGGGUAUCGAAGGCAAUCCAACGGUAUUUUAUCGUUUAAUGCCGGGGUCAACGGCCCAGACGAAUAAAUUCCAUACGUUUUAUCUGCAACAAAGACCGGACAAUGGCGAUACGUGGGCCGAUAUAAAAGUCAAUCAUCCGCUGGACUACGAAAGUAUAAAGGAGUAUAACUUGACAAUACGUGUUGAGAACAAUGGCGCCCAACAAUUGGCUUCGGAGGCAACGGUCUACAUUAUGCUCGAAGAUGUUAACGAUGAAAUACCACUCUUCACGGAACGCGAACAAGAAACCGUACUCGAAGGCGAACCAAUUGGCACCAAAGUGACUCAAGUUAAUGCCAUCGAUAAGGAUGGCACAUUUCCAAAUAAUCAGGUCUACUAUUACAUUGUCGACUCACCACGAAACGAAGGCAAAGAAUUUUUCGAAAUAAAUCUUCAAAGCGGUGAAAUUUUCACCAAAACCGUAUUCGACAGAGAGAAGAAAGGUGCCUACGCGCUGGAGGUUGAGGCCCGCGAUGGCGCUCCCUCGGCUCGACCCAACAGCAAUGGACAACCAAAUUCAGUGACGAAGUUCAUACGUAUUGGAAUUGCGGAUAAAAACGAUAAUCCUCCAUAUUUUGAUAAAAGUUUAUAUGAAGCCGAAGUUGAUGAAAAUGAAGAUAUCCAGCAUACAGUGUUAACGGUAACCGCCAAAGAUCAUGAUGAAUCUUCUCGCAUACGUUACGAAAUCACCAGCGGUAAUAUUGGCGGUGCAUUUGCUGUAAAGAAUAUGACUGGCGCCAUUUAUGUGGCCGGAGCUUUAGAUUAUGAGACCAGAAGGAGGUAUGAGCUUCGUUUGGCCGCCUCGGAUAAUUUGAAGGAAAACUAUACCACCGUUAUUAUUCACGUCAAAGAUGUCAACGACAAUCCACCGGUGUUUGAGAGACCAACUUAUCGCACCCAAAUUACCGAAGAAGAUGAUCGAAAUCUGCCCAAACGUGUUUUACAGGUCACUGCCACCGAUGGUGAUAAAGAUCGUCCACAAAAUAUUGUCUACUUCUUGACCGGUCAAGGUAUUGAUCCUGACAAUCCAGCCAAUUCCAAAUUCGAUAUCAAUCGUACAACUGGUGAAAUCUUUGUACUGAAGCCCCUGGAUCGCGAUCAACCCAAUGGCAGACCCCAAUGGCGCUUCACCGUUUUUGCCCAAGAUGAAGGUGGAGAAGGUCUGGUCGGUUAUGCCGAUGUCCAAGUAAAUCUCAAAGAUAUCAACGACAAUGCUCCCAUAUUCCCACAAGGUGUCUAUUUUGGAAAUGUCACUGAAAAUGGUACCGCCGGUAUGGUGGUGAUGACAAUGACCGCCGUGGACUAUGAUGAUCCGAAUGAAGGCUCAAAUGCCAAACUGGUAUAUUCCAUCGAGAAAAAUGUCAUCGAAGAAGAGACGGGCUCACCAAUAUUUGAGAUAGAACCCGACACAGGUGUCAUUAAAACCGCUGUCUGUUGUUUGGAUCGUGAACGUACUCCGGAUUAUUCUAUACAAGUUGUGGCAAUGGAUGGCGGGGGGUUAAAGGGUACGGGGACGGCUUCGAUAAGAGUAAAAGAUAUAAACGAUAUGCCUCCGCAGUUUACGAAAGAUGAAUGGUUUACGGAGGUGGAUGAAACGGAUGGGACGACGCUACCGGAAAUGCCAAUUCUAACGGUCACGGUGCACGAUGAGGAUGAAACGAAUAAGUUCCAAUACAAAGUUAUUGAUAACAGUGGUUAUGGUGCCGAUAAAUUUACCAUGGUCCGCAAUAACGAUGGUACGGGUUCGCUGAAAAUUGUCCAACCCUUGGAUUAUGAAGAUCAAUUGCAAUCGAAUGGUUUCCGUUUCCGCAUACAAGUCAACGACAAGGGAGAGGAUAAUGACAAUGACAAAUAUCAUGUGGCCUAUUCGUGGGUGGUGGUAAAAUUGCGGGACAUCAACGAUAACAAGCCACACUUUGAGCGAGCCAAUGUUGAGGUGUCCGUGUUUGAAGACACUAAAGUGGGCACUGAGCUAGAGAAAUUCAAGGCAACCGAUCCGGAUCAGGGUGGACGUAGUAAAGUCUCCUAUUCCAUUGAUCGUUCUUCGGAUAGGCAACGACAAUUCGCCAUCAAUCAAAAUGGUUCGGUGACAAUACAACGUUCGCUGGAUCGUGAAGUGGUGCCACGUCAUCAGGUGAAAAUUUUGGCCAUUGAUGAUGGUUCUCCACCCAAGACGGCAACUGCUACACUCACAGUUAUUGUGCAGGACAUUAACGACAAUGCCCCGAAAUUCUUGAAAGAUUAUCGUCCUGUUCUACCGGAACAUGUACCACCACGUAAGGUUGUGGAAAUUUUGGCCACCGAUGAUGAUGAUCGCUCGAAGAGCAAUGGCCCACCCUUCCAAUUCCGUUUGGAUCCCAGUGCUGAUGAUAUAAUACGUGCCUCAUUCAAAGUGGAACAGGAUCAAAAGGGCGCCAACGGUGAUGGUAUGGCUGUCAUUUCAUCUCUGCGCUCAUUCGAUCGUGAACAACAAAAGGAAUAUAUGAUCCCCAUUGUGAUCAAGGAUCAUGGCUCUCCGGCGAUGACUGGUACAAGCACUCUAACCGUGAUUAUUGGUGAUGUCAAUGACAAUAAAAUGCAACCCGGUUCCAAGGACAUCUUCGCCUACAACUAUCAAGGACAAUCUCCCGACACUCAAAUUGGUCGUGUCUAUGUCUACGAUUUGGAUGAUUGGGAUUUACCCGACAAGAAAUUCUAUUGGGAAUCACAGGAGCAUCCUCGCUUUAAGUUGGAUGAAGAUUCUGGCAUGAUUACCAUGCGGGCUGGCACACGGGAAGGACGUUAUCAUUUACGUUUUAAGGUUUAUGAUCGCAAGCAUACGCAGACUGAUGUACCGGCUAAUGUUACGGUGACAGUGAGGGAAAUACCCCAUGAGGCUGUUAUAAAUUCCGGAUCGGUUCGUUUGUCGGGCAUCACCGAUGAAGAUUUUAUACGGGUGUGGAAUUACCGCACACAGUCGUUGAGUAGAUCCAAGAUGGAUAGAUUCCGUGAUAAAUUGGCAGAUCUGUUGAAUACGGAUCGGGAAAAUGUCGAUAUCUUCAGUGUUCAGUUGAAAAAGAAACAUCCACCUCUAACCGAUGUCCGGUUCUCGGCCCAUGGUUCACCGUAUUAUAAACCUGUAAGACUAAAUGGUAUUGUUUUGAUGAAUCGCGAAGAGAUUGAAAAGGAUGUGGGCAUUAAUAUAACCAUGGUGGGCAUUGAUGAGUGUUUGUAUGAGAAUCAAAUGUGCGAAGGGUCAUGUACGAAUACGCUGGAUAUUAGCUCGCUGCCGUAUAUGGUAAAUGCCAACAAGACAGCCUUGGUGGGUGUACGAGUGGACACCCUGGCAGAGUGUACUUGUGGGGCAAGAAACUUCUCCAAACCGGAAAAUUGUCGAAAUACCCCCUGUUACAAUGGCGGCAGGUGUGUGGAUACAAGAUUUGGACCCCAUUGCUCGUGUCCGGUGGGUUAUACCGGACCCAGAUGCCAGCAGACCACUCGCAGCUUCCGUGGUAAUGGUUGGGCCUGGUAUCCGCCGUUGGAAAUGUGCGACGAAUCACAUUUAAGUUUGGAAUUUAUAACCCGCAAACCAGAUGGCUUGAUAAUCUACAAUGGUCCUAUUGUGCCACCGGAACGUGAUGAAAUGUUAAUCUCCGAUUUUAUUUCCCUGGAGCUGGAGAGAGGUUAUCCUCGUUUGUUGAUUGAUUUUGGUUCAGGCACUUUGGAGUUGAGGGUUAAGACCAAAAAGACCCUGGAUGAUGGUGAAUGGCAUAGAAUCGAUUUGUUCUGGGAUUCGGAAAAUGUGCGAAUGGUUGUGGACUUUUGUAAAUCCGCCGAGAUCAGUGAAAUGGAAGAUGGUUCCAUGCCGGAGUUUGAUGAUAUGUCGUGUCAGGCCAGGGGAAAUAUUCCGCCAUUCAGUGAAUAUUUGAAUGUCAAUGCCCCACUGCAGGUGGGUGGUUUGUAUCGAGAGCAAUUCGAUCCCUCCCUGUAUUUCUGGCAUUACACACCCAUGGCCAAGGGCUUUGAUGGUUGCAUAAGGAAUUUGGUACACAACUCGAAAUUGUAUGACUUGGCCCAUCCUGGUCUAUCAAGGAAUAGUGUGGCGGGAUGUCCUCAAACCGAAGAGGUGUGUGCCCAAUCGGAGCAGACAGCUCGUUGCUGGGAACAUGGCAACUGUGUGGGUUCUCUGAGUGAGGCCAGGUGUCAGUGUCGACCUGGCUGGACAGGACCCGCCUGUAAUAUACCCACCAUACCCACAACCUUUAAGCAACAGAGUUAUGUCAAAUAUGCCUUGAGUUUUGAGCCGGAUCGUUUUAGCACCCAAAUACAACUGCGAUUCCGUACCCGCGAACAACAUGGAGAGUUGUUCCGUGUGAGCGAUCAACAUAAUCGUGAAUAUGGUAUCCUGGAGAUUAAGGAUGCCCGCCUGCAUUUCCGUUACAAUUUGAAUUCAUUGCGUACGGAGGAGAAGGAUCUAUGGCUGAAUGCUGUGGCCGUCGAUGAUGGCCAAUGGCAUGUGGUGAGAAUUAAUCGUUAUGGGUCGGCUGCCACCUUGGAGCUAGAUGGGGGUGAGGGUAGACGCUACAACGAGACCUUUGAGUUUGUGGGUCAUCAAUGGUUGCUGGUCGACAAACAGGAGGGUGUCUAUGCCGGUGGCAAGGCGGAAUACACAGGUGUGAGGACAUUUGAGGUCUAUGCUGAUUAUCAAAAGAGUUGCUUGGAUGAUAUUAGGCUCGAAGGUAAACAUUUACCAUUGCCACCGGCCAUGAAUGGCACCCAAUGGGGUCAGGCCACCAUGGCUCGUAAUUUGGAAAAGAAUUGCCCCUCAAAUAAACCAUGUUCGAAUGUCAUCUGUCCCGAGCCAUUCGAAUGUGUUGAUUUAUGGAAUGAAUACGAAUGCACAUGUGGUGAGGGCCGUGUAAUGUCACCCGACGCCAAAGGCUGCAUGGAUCGCAAUGAAUGUCUGGAUCUGCCCUGUUUGAAUGGUGCCACUUGUAUAAAUCUCGAACCACGAAUGCGUUAUCGUUGCAUAUGCCCGGAUGGCUUCUGGGGCGAGAAUUGUGAAUUGGUCCAGGAGGGCCAAACGCUGAAAUUGAGCAUGGGUGCAUUGGCGGCAAUACUCGUCUGCUUGCUGAUCAUACUAAUUUUGGUUCUGGUCUUUGUGGUGUAUAAUCGUCGACGUGAGGCACACAUCAAAUAUCCUGGACCAGAUGAUGAUGUACGCGAAAAUAUCAUUAACUAUGAUGAUGAGGGUGGCGGUGAAGACGAUAUGACUGCAUUCGAUAUUACACCAUUGCAAAUACCCAUUGGUGGACCGAUGCCACCAGAAUUGGCCACCAUGAAAAUGCCAAUUAUGUAUCCUGUAAUGACAUUAAUGCCCGGCCAGGAGCCAAAUGUUGGCAUGUUCAUUGAAGAACAUAAAAAACGUGCCGAUGGCGAUCCAAAUGCACCACCUUUCGACGAUUUGCGUAACUAUGCCUACGAGGGUGGCGGCAGCACAGCUGGCUCGUUGAGUUCUUUGGCAUCAGGAACCGAUGACGAAUGCCAGGAAUAUGAUUACCUGGGUGCAUGGGGGCCACGUUUCGACAAACUGGCCAACAUGUAUGGACCCGAAGCCAAUAAUCACACCGAUUUAGAAUUGUAAGUGAACAACAGAAAUGUAAUCACCACACACCACAUACCUAGACCGCAGAAAUCCACAAUAACAACAAAAGAGACCCUUUAUAAGAAAAACAAAAAAAUAUCACAAAUUCCUCCAUGAAGACUACAAUUUCCAUACUUGACAAAGAAAAAACCAAAACUGAGAAAAGACCCCCCAAAAAUACGAACAAAAAAAAAAAAACGCGAUGGCGAAAUGCAAUUACAAAAUUUUUUGAUUUGAUUUGAAAGAACCCAAGCAAAACAAAAUAUCCUGAAUAUGAAGACAUUCACUCCGUGAUGAUGAUGAUGUUGAUGAGAAAACAAUUGGAAUAUUGCUAAGCAAACUGUAAAAGAAGUAGAAGAAGAAGACGACGAAGAUGGAACCGGAAUGUCCAUUCUUGUGUGCAAAAUGAAUGGAUAUUCAUGGAAGUAAAUGGAAACUAGAAAAGAUAACCUAAAAGAAAAAUUUCGAAAAUAAGAAAACUACCAAAGAUAUAAAGGUCUUGACCAAAGACCAAAAACAAAACGCGAAAAAUGGAAAGAAAAAUUCCUCUGAAUCAUAGAAAGAGAAAAAAAUACAAAACACACACACACAAAGAAAACAUUAACUACAUUUCAAGAAGGAAAAAACCUAAUACGAGCAGCAUUUAAAAUUAAGGCAUCCGAUAAGAAAAAAAAAAAAAGAAACAUCUCCUCCCCCAGAAAAAAAAAAACAAAAAAGAAAAAUUAUACCAUUUGUAAAAUACUAUUUCAUUUACACAAAAACAAAACAUACACCUACAUAUAUACAUAGGAAACAUUACAUUUAGGCCAUAACAUAAAUACAUACGUACAUACAUACUCACAUAUAUACAAAGAAGCAAGCAUUCAUUAUUUUUUAUUAUUAUUAGUAUUUUAGUUUGAAAACUGAAAGUAAAACAACAAAAAAACAGAAGAAGACGAAGAGA